AUGAAACAGAUACCAUAUCUGCCGAAGUCCUCACGUAUGUGCAAUUUUUGUCAUCGUCUUUGGUGGAUAAAUCAAUCAACAACAAAAAAUCACCCUCAAUCCAAAAAAGGAUGAAUUUCCUACCUCCAAUUUCUAUUUUCUGCUCCCCCUCACUGGUCGAUGCAAAUGAAAAUUCCCCACCCUCACCUAACCCGCUUGUAAUGCCUGCACCGGAAUUCUCAGAAGUCACAACUGAGGAGGUCCAGAUGGUCCAGAAUGGUCUAGAAACCGAACCAGACAGUCCAGAUGUUCCACAACCUUCUUUGGAAUCUACCUCAUCGCUUUCUAACACAGUCGGAGACCCAGAUGAUACUGUACCUGAAGGACGUUUCCAACAGGACUUGGAGUCACUGCAACAGACCGAAGUCUUCCACGGGUCUGUGUCACGUGAUGGGCACGGAACAGAGGAGUUAUCGUCCAAACCUCAGCCUCCUGAAUCCAUCCUGCCAACGCUGGAAACAACAGAUAGCACUUCGAAUGUCUCCAAUCCAGACGUGCCUUCUGGAGAGACUCCGAGGCCCAUGAGCCCUUGUCAUAUGACAAGCCAGGUGAGCCGUUCCUCUCAGGAGGUGUCAGCGGAGGAGUGUUCACCAUCGGAGACCAUCACGAGCACUACGGAUGCGUUUUGCAAGUCCCAUGAGGAAAUGCAGAGCCCCCACACAAGUCUUCCAAACCAGCACCAAGGCCUGUCCGCUGCAUCAGGAACUGCAGACAUCAGUCUCCAAGAUAUCGUGGAUGCGUUAGGCCUGCCCCAGGAUGAAAUACAGAGCUCCCACACAAGUUCAAACCACCAAGCCCUGUCUAUAGCAUCAGGAACCACAGACCCCCAUCUCCAAGACCCUUGCCCUUCCCAAAAGCAGGAAGCAAUAGAUUAUUACCCUACCAUAUUUACCCAUGUCCCUCCUGACUGGAUACACGGUAACUUAAGCCCUAACUCCACAAUACUGUCAGCGGUAGAGUCUGUCACCACUUUCCAGCCACUGAAGAUGCCCCCCUCCUCAACAGCAGAUGCCUCUGGAGGUCAUCUGAGUGUGUGUUGCCCACUCCGCCCCGUCUCUGAGUUAGAGGACGAGCUUGAGCUGAGGGUGGCGGAGCAGGCCAUCAUGGCGGCAUUGAAUGGCGAGGAUAACCAAGACCACGCACCACCGCCACCGCCCCCAAUUACACAGGCUGGCCCUGCGGUGGAGAUCGCCUCAGACCAGAGCUCCAACUCUACAUGGGGAGUGGGGACGACUUCGCAGGGACGAGAAUUUCAAAUGGGAGUUCACGCCGAAGACCUUACCCAGGACCCUGUCUGCCAGCAACAACGGCCUCACACACAUCCUCAGUUCUCGAUACUUCCACCUGCACCAAUGGUUCAGCAUACCACCCACAUGGAACUUCCUGUGAUGUCAUCCACGAUGCCACCUGCAGCAAUGCAUUAUGGGUACCCAUAUCCACGGCACCACCCAGCCAGCGCCCACCUGCUACCGCCCCCCUCUGUCGCCGCGCUGUAUCCGGCACAGUAUGGCGGUAUUUACCCCUCGCCAGCUUUCCAGUACAACCCAGGCUACUACUCGCUAGCCCCGCGGAUCGGGUCUGCAUAUUUAGCCCCACACCCUCAGUAUGCCCCUGCUCUCAUGCCACCCCAGUACCCUCAACCCAGCAUGGGCUACCCAACGCAGGAAGUGCUGGCACAUGCCAACCACCCUCCGUCAGACACGGAGGCUAACGUUAGGGGUUUGAUAAUGAGGCUGCCUAAUCUCAAUCCCAGUUUCAGUCCCAGUCCCUGUCCCAAUCCUAGUCCUAAUCCUAACACCAAUCCAUAUGCGGGGCAAGUCCAAGGCCAGGGCCAGAGCCAGGGCCAGAGCCAGGGCCAGAGCCAGGGCCAGAGCCAGAGCCAGGGCCAGAGCCAGGGCCAGAGCCAGGGCAGCCUGAAGAUCAAUGUGAAGUCGGGCCAGUGUCCGGACUUCUCAAUGGGCCUUCACGAGAAGUACAAGCUGUGGCAGCGGUACCGGCCGCGGGCCUCAGCCUACUUCCCCGGCGGCAGAGACACAGAUGCGCUGGCUUGCUUCCUUAUACCAGUUCUGAAUCAUCUGUGCCUUAUGCACCCCCAUGCCCCACUGGAGAAGGCUGAAUCCUUCGCCGUGAGUGAAUGGAACAAGCUGUCAAACUCUGAGCGUGUGGAAUACUACAAAACAGCCCAGAAAUUUCUGGAGGUUGAGCAGUGGGAACGCAGUUAUUCAUCAGCACAGCGAACAGACGCGGAACCCCAUCAGGGGAACUCCAAAAAACAACCCGACAGCAAUGGCUACUCGUGGAAACGGAGGCAACAGUACUCCAGGUCCAAGAAGUCGUCUGUGAGGACCAGAGGAGGCAGCCCCAAGCGGCUCGGGAAGGCCGAGAUGGAGAAGCUCAUGGAGGGAGCCCUCCAGGACUACACGGAGGUCAUGGAGGCCCUGGAGGCAUCAGGGGUCAAGGACAAGGACAGGUCAGAGGUCACGGAGAAGGUCAGAGAGGAGCAGGACGAGAUGCAGGGGAACGCGUCGUUCACAGAGUACCUGGACGAGCUGUGCAGUCAGCAGGAGUUUGUGACACAGGUCGGCGAGGUCAUCAACUUGGACUAUGUGUCCUCGCUCAUCUCUGCAGACCCAAAUGCCAGUGACAAUUUAAUGGAGUCUUUGAUUCAGAAUGAAGAGGAUCUCUCCGAAAGCAGUCAGGUUCCUGCCCCAAUUGUGACUGAACAACCAGGAGACGAGACGUCAGAUGGCGUCUUUGCAAGUACCAGCAAUGCACAACCAGGGUCCUUAGUUCCCCAUAUUGAACAGCCACCUGGCUAUCUACAGGCACAGCCUCUCCAGACAAACACAGACAACCAGGUCACAAUUGGUGCAACCUUGCCUGCACAAGGCGUAGACCCAUCUUUCUGCUCUGCUCCACCUUUUGAUUACUACCAUCAAACACAGAACUUUGCCCCACAAACUACUCCACAAAAGGUUAUUUCUGUCAUGGAACCACCAAUGGUGCCAGGAUAUCAGUUCACACAGAAUCAUGGGAUGCAGACUUGUGUUCCACAGCAGCAAAACUACAGUUCCCAUGAUGCAUUACAAACUGUGCCACCUCAUUCCCAAAUGCUGCCUUACACUCAAGUUACCACGGGUAAGAAGAAUUGUGACAACAAUGUGUGUCAAGGCAAUGUUCUGUCACAAGGACACGAUGACACUUAUGGUCUAAAUAUGCAGCAGAUGUGUCCCUCUAUCAGUCAAAACGAAACCGCAUUGGAGAAUACAACAACAAUCACAGCACUAGAAGGCUGCUGCAGUGAACAACAAGAACGGUUGGCUACAACCCAGCUAGUGGACAGCUUUCCACAUGUUUCCGCAUCCACGACACAGAAUGAAGAAGACCACAACAAUGCAGUGCAACAGUCCCACGAGACCAAUAGCCCCAUAGAUCUGGCAGAGGCUUGCAGCCUCUUGGACGCGGCUUCUCCAGGAAACUCUAGCUUCAACAGUACGUUAGAGGACGUGGCAUCCACCUCCACACAAAACAUUAUGGCCACAGAGAAUCAUCUCUCUCACCUUGUGCAAGGCGUCCACCAAGACAAUGUGGGUAACCUGGUCACAAACACAGAGAAACAGGAAUAUGUGUACACAGUUCUUCUCAACUCGGGCACCCAAAGAGGACCGACCCCUGCCUCAGACAAGGUUUCCAACAUGGACAAUGAAGUCAUAGCGGCUGACGAAGACUCCAAUGACUCAACCCAGUGUCACAUGGGAGACGUGCAGAAUGCAGAAGACAUACAUGUGGAAGAAGAAAUGAAUGGCCAGCAGCGUUUGACACCUCCUCCAACUCCCGGCUUGAGUCCUCUGUGGCCAUGCUCACCAACACUGGAGGAAGACAAGAGCUCAACGCUUUCGCCACAGUCAGGAAGCUGUGACUCGUUGUUGCGUCCUCCAUCUUUGGCCAUCCUGUGCUUCCAGGCCCUUGCCUGCUCUGGGGAACCUGCCGUGGCGAUGAGCGAACUGCCAGUCAAGCCAGUCGUCCUCCACCGCACCAUCCUCCAGCAUCCACCCACGCCAACGGGGGAUGUCUAUGUCCACCAGCCUGGAGCCUGGGGACAGAAGGAGGACGAUGACUCCCACGGCUAUGAUGAGCCUGUUGUGACUUGUUUUCUUGCCGUUGGGGCAUCCGGUGAUCACAGUGGUCUGGUGGACUGUCACUUAAGAGGCUGGGUCAGUGAUAAAACAUUACAAGAACAGUCUAGACAAGGUGAAGAGACAAGUGACCGAGAAGCCAAAACGCCCAGUCCACCUAAAGGGACGUCGGUGAAAGAAAUCAGAGAAGAGACGGUUAGCAUCUCCAAAACAACAGCGAACAAUGUGGAAAUAAAUCUUAAUGAUGAGGCACAAGAAACGGAGAUGAAAAGAGAGAACUUGCCGUCCAACGUACAAAAGAAACCGGCGAUCCAUGAAUCGACACCAUGCUCCUCAAGAACAUCAGAACAAGAAGAAGAAAUGGUGGUGGAGAAGCCGCAGAGUCCGCAGAGCCCACAUGGUGUCAGUCAGGACGUCGUGCCAGCCAAUGAAAGGGAGGCAGCAGAUGACUCAAGCACUCCCUGCGGCAGCGGGUCACCCAGGCGCUCACUGCGAAGCAAGAGGCCCACGGCCAAAAAGCUGGACUGGUUCACCCGAUCCAAGAGGAAACAAAUCCAAGAGACGAAUGAGCAUAACACGGAACAAAUGAAUGAUGAUUGUGGCAAAGUAUGCAAUAAAGAGAUGGCACGAGAUGGAGCAAGUGUAGCCUCUCAAAACGAUGCAAAUGAUUGCAACAAAGCAGGGACUGAAAGGUCACAACAAUCAAAACCGGUGGAGACCAGAGGGAGGAAUAAAGAGGAGGGGGGCAACUCAAAGUCCACGAAAACACGUGUCAACAACACCACACCCGUUGUCAGUGAGCAACCAGAGGCGUGUGACAAACACUUGCCCAGCAAAGAGGUAAACGAUAGUGGUGAAGGGCAGGACGAGGCUGAGGUAAAAGGCUGCAGAGGAAGAAAACAAAGCCACACCAUUGAGGACAAGACGGGUGAGACCAGUUUGAGAGUGACAAGGAGUGCACAGGUUUGCAAAGGCCAACAACCGGUUGACAGAUGUCAACAGGCGCCUGAGAGAAAGGACACACCAAUAGGCAGGGCAAGACAGAUGGGUGCAGUGGAGAAAAAAACAGUGGGCAGACAGGCUGCCGGAACACCGGUGACUGACAAGACAGACACGCCACGCAGAGUAACAAGAAGGAUGACUGCAGGAGGCAACAGCAAUCAUCCUGUGGUGCAUAGCGAAAAAGAGAGGAGUGACGAGAAUGAGAAAACAAAUAGUUCUAGAAUGGACAGACCACAAGUGUAUGUUCAAGAGGAUGAUGCAAGCCCUGCUCAGUCACACCAAAAAGCACAGAAAAAGACAGAAGACGUGGAAAAGCACAACAAGCAUGGACACAUUUCCAUUGGUGAUGAAAAUGAUAAAAAGCAUACGAAUGAUGACGGUAGUGAAUGGUCAGGAAUGGACAGACCACACAUGAAAGACAGCAAUCAAAGUCCUGCUGCUCUGCCAUCAAAAGACAAUGCACAAAUAGAAACUGGAGAAACAAGACAGCAAAGCAAAGCCGUUCCUCGGCCUGACACACAGACCAAUGAGUGCCUUAGAGAACAGCAAAAUGUACAAAUACAAGAUGAUAAGAACAAGGCAAGAACAAAGCAGUCUCCAGCAAAGUCGAUGUCUCCAGAAGUGUCUCCAAAACCAGCUAAUGAUGGAAAUGGUGAGAGCAAUAGAACGACUCGGAACAGCAGGAGACUAGCCACAGCCACACACUCUGUAGGGGGUAAGAAGACGACGGCAUCAGAACAGGCUGAAGACGGCACAAUGGCGCGCUUACAAGACAACAUAGCUUUGUCGUGUGGAAAGCAGCAGGGUAAAACUGGACAUCCUCAACGGUCUCAAGAGAGAGGCAGAGCAGAAAGAACAUCUGAGCAACGCGCAUCUGAAAUCGAUCAUCGUGCUGCAACGCUGAUAAAUGCUGAUGAUGAUGCCGCAAAAGACAAAAUAGUACGAAGAAGCAGAAGAGUGAACAAGGACUUGAAGGCAGACUCAGAUAUAAUGGAGAUGGGAAAAGAGAACCUGCCAUCCAGCGUGCAAAAGAAAACGGCGAUGCACGAAUCGACACCUUGCUCCUCAAAAUCAUCAAAAGUUGAGAUUGGAGGAAAGCAAAAUUACAUGAAUGAUGAACAUCACACCAAUGAGGAAAUUACACAGCUAAGAACAACUCAGAGACGCACAAAGCAGCUUGAAGAUAGUGAGCAAGUUGGGGAGACCACAUCUGAGUGCUCACUGAAGGAUGCCAAUGAACAAAACCAGCAGAAACAACCAGAGGGGGGAGAAGAGGAGGCAAUAAAGGAGAAAGAAGAGGCAUUAACCAAUCCUGUCAUUGCAGGGGAAGAGGGUCAAUACGACACAUGCUCUUCACCAGAGGAAGAAAAUGGGGCCAGCAAAGGGACACAAGAGGCAGGAGAGCAGGAGAGUUUGUCAGCUGCUGACGACCAUAACCUUCCUGGGACAACAUCAGACAAUGCCAGACCUUGCCUGAGGAGUAAAAGAAAUAAAAAGAAAGAUGGAGGAGAGGAAGAGACUGGCCAGGACAAUAGUCCUACCAAUAGUAGGACAGGGACUAGCAAGAAAGUACAGGAAGAGACACAUGAAAAACUCCCAAUGGAGACAUCAGGAACCGAAAGACCUCGCCUCAGGAGUACAAGAAAUACGAAGAAAGAUGGAGGAGAGGAGGAGACUGAGCAGGAAAACAGUAAUAGGACACAGCGCAGCGUAAAGGAACAGGAGGAAAUACAACAGGCAGGAGAGCAAGAGACUUCGGCAGCUGCUGACAACCAUAGCCUGCCCGGGACAACAUCAGACAAUGCCAGACCUCGCCUGAGGAGCACAAGAAACACAAGGAAAGAUAGAGGAGAGGAAGAGACUGAGCGGGACAACAGCAGGACGGGGACUAGCAAGAAAGUACAAGAAGAGACACAAGCUACAAGAGAGCAGGGUUUAGCAGCUACCGAUGACAAACUACCAAUGGAGGCAUCAGGCACUGAAAGACCUCGCCUCAGGAGUACAAGAAAUGUGAGGAAAGAUGGAGGAGAGGAGGAAACUGAGCAGGAAAACAGUAAUAGGACACAGAGCAGCAAGAAAGUACAGGAGAAAAUACAAGAGACAGACGAGCAGAGUGUUACAGUUACUGAUGAGCAUAAAAUCCCAGGGACAAGAUUAGACAAUGACGGACCUCACCGAAGGAGUACAAGAAAUACAAGGAAGGACGGCGGAGAGGAGGAGGAGGAGACUGAGCAGGAAAACAAUAAUGGGACACAGGGCAGGAAAAGGGUACAGGAGGAGACAACUAGGACAAGGAGAGAAACCAGACAUGGAGCAACCACAAGAUCCAAAGAGUUGAGGGACACAGUAGUGAAACCCCGCAAAGACGAAGAGGCAGAGGAUGGCAGGUGUCAACAGAGAACUAAUCAGAAUGAAAGACAAAACACAACAGGAAGUGACAUCCCUAGGCUGAGGGAGAGGUCUAGUUCACAAAUUGAGAAAAUGCAAUGUAAUGUCGUAAGAAACCAAAUGUGUCUUCACCAAGGAGGCAGGCGCAGACCAAAUGAAUCAACAAAAAGAAAGAAAAAGACAUAAGAAAUAGUAAAUAUUGUAAAUAAAGCAUAUUAAUAAUGUAUAGAAGACAAACUUACUGUAAAAAAAGUAUAUUUUAUUUACAAAAUUGAAUAUAUUAAGUGUAAAAACAGA